UGCUACCCCUAUUGAAUUCCUUAGUGGUAAAGUUGAAUCUUAUCAACCCAUGUACACAGAGAGGUUACUCUGUUUAUAAAUAACAUUGUAAAUCCCUUGCUCCUUGCACCUUUAUCUCACUCUAUUUUCUCAGUUUUUUUAUCAUGGACUGGUUUAAGAGACAAAGCCAAUUUUUCACUUUUUCUCUCAUCAUUUUCCUUGUACUCCCAACUUUAAUUGUGGCUGAAUGCACAUGUGACCCUGAAGAUCAAGAAGAAAGGGACAAAACAAAAGCUCUUAGAUACAAGAUAGCAGCUUUAGUAUCAAUACUAGUAGCCAGUGCAAUUGGUGUUUCCAUUCCACUACUUGGCAAAGCGAUACCUUCUCUAAGUCCAGAGAAAGAUAUCUUCUUUAUCAUUAAGGCUUUUGCAGCAGGUGUGAUAUUGUCCACGGGUUUCAUUCACGUGCUUCCUGAUGCCUUUGAGAACCUCACUUCACCCCGUCUGAAUGAGCAUCCGUGGGGCGAUUUUCCGUUCACCGGAUUCGUGGCUAUGUGCACCGCUAUGGGAACACUCAUGAUUGAGACUUAUGCUACUGCUUAUUUCCAGAAUCAACAAGUAAAGGGAGCUUUGGUUGAGGCUACUGAUGUGGAAAAUGAAUCAGGACAUGAAGGGCAUGUGCAUCCUCACACUCACCCAACACAUGUUCAUGCACAUGGCCAUGUUUCUACAAACCAGUCUACUGAACUUCUUCGCAAUAGGGUGGUAUCACAGGUGUUGGAACUGGGAAUUGUUGUUCAUUCUGUUAUCAUAGGGAUUUCUUUGGGAGCCUCCGAGACUCCAAAAACAAUAAAACCCCUUGUAGCUGCUUUGACUUUUCAUCAAUUCUUUGAGGGUAUGGGGCUUGGAAGUUGUAUAACUCAGGCAAAAUUCGAAAGGAUGUCUGUUACAAUCAUGGGAUUGUUCUUUGCUUUAACUACUCCUGUGGGGAUUGCAAUUGGCCUAGUCAUCACUAAUGGUUAUGAUGAGAAUAGUCCAACUGCCCUUAUUGUUGAAGGAAUCUUCAAUGCAGCUUCAGCUGGGAUAUUAAUCUAUAUGGCACUUGUAGAUCUUCUUGCUGUUGAUUUCAUGAGUCCAAGGAUGCAAAAAAGUGGUAGGCUUCGAUUAGGGUCCAAUUUAUCUCUUUUGCUAGGAGCGGGUAGCAUGUCUCUUAUUGCCAAAUGGGCUUAGAGCCAAGUUUGUAUGCUAUUUUUCUUGCUUUUUUUUUAGAUAAGUCAUAAAAGAUAUAUUGAAAUGAAGUAUAAGGGGUGCUUCAACCCAAUGCUAAAUUGUUUUGGUUUUCAAUUUUGUGCUGCUGCAUACUUCAUGUGAUUAUUUCGAAGUCUAAUUAUAUGUAGAGUUCUUUUAGGA